CUACAAACAAUCAUUCUAGCACGUUGUUGUUCGUCAGCUAAUCGCAAAUCCAUAUACAGUACGGAGCAGGGAGUAUCCGGUUCACUCAGUGUGCGAGAGACCUUUGCAGAUCUUCUGACCUGUCACUAUUAUGUGACACUGUCCGACAUUUUCUCUGUUCAAAAAUUUUGGUGGGUGACACAGGUGAAGCUGGUUGUGUCACAGUGAUAAAGCUCUGCUCCCCAACGCGACCGCUUGGUGCACGCGUGAGGCUCACCACUGCACAACAAGCAAGUGCAGCAGAGCGAGCCGUCUCCAUUCACGUCUCAUCAUGGCUUGCCUACCCAAAAUGAGCAUAAAUCUUAAUGUCAAGGUAAGAGAUGAGCUUUUGUUCUUCUUAAUCCCUUCAGCUGCACUCAGCGUUCUCUCUUCUGCGAACGGAUCACAUUCUGCAGGCUGCCGUUUCACGUCAGACCCACCGAGAAUCAGUCUUCCAACAUCUGUGGUGGUGAGGUUUGAGUUGCAGCAAUGGCAAGCAAACCUACGGUCAACAUGGAUAGCGCGUCUUCACAAUCGGAAUCACAUACAGAAUCCUCAUAUAGUCAUGACUCCUCUCAUGUUAGCCAACAGUCCUCUUCAACGCAGAACGCGCCGAGCAAUCGCAACUACUUGAACUACUUGUCUGCACUUUUUGUCUGGCCCCCGUUAGUGGAAGGUCCGCUUUACGGUAUGUCUGAAGAGCAACACGCUAUCAUGCUAAAAAAGGCGGAAUGCAAGCUACCAACCACACCCCCACCAAACACGAAGGAUGAGGAUGUCCAGGACGUCACGUCUCCGUCAAUAUCACCUAAGCCUUUCCGAUUCAGUGGAUUCACAAGCAAUGAUACAGGAUCUGGUUCGUUAUGUCAAUUGCACAUUCUCGAAGACAAUGCCUUCUUUGCGGUGGACAGCCCUGAGAUAAGAAAGAUCCAAGACAACUUCCUGUCCGGUGAUUACGAGCAACUGCCAUCCCUCAUGAAGACGAGUCUUGCAGCUGUCGCCCUGCGAAUCGGUAUUCCCGGCCAGCCUCAUGCCUCUCGGGUUUCUGGUUUCCGACUAGGCCGAGACACUAUCAUCACUUGUGCCCAUUUCGUCACUUGGCCUGAGACCGAGCAAGGGUUCAUGGAUGCAGCUCGAAUGUUUCAUUCAGGAAUGAAUGGUGUGAACGAAGCUCUGCAGGUUCGAGAGAUCACAACCCCGACAGCAGCCUUGCGAAACCGUUUCAAGAUCCGCCUCUCAGCUGUCCUUGUUGAUCAGGAUAUCGCAGUUUUCCAUAUCCUGGAGCGACCCCGCACUGAUCAUUGGAAUCCAGUGGUCGAUCCGUCCCAGAUGGUAUUUACGGCUGAACAUUCGCGAGCGGAACUGAGAAAGACGCAGCUUUGCUGGUCGGUGGGUUACAACAUCUCCGUCAAUCAAGAGGAGUUCAACGACACCUGGUCGGACUUUUUCCAACGUCAAUCCUCAGAGAAGCAGUCCGACAUCGUGCUGGCUCAUGUAUGAAUCUCUGCUAGCAGUCAUGAGGAGGCUAACUUGCCACAGGGCUACACAGAAGAUCGACCACCAAGUCUUGAGGAGCUCAAGCCAUCGCGGCGAACAGUAGCAUUUGGAAAAUUCAGAGAAAAUCCUGAUGAACAUGGGCUCAAACUGGAGCCUCAUCAGGAAUACAUCGACCAUACUGCUUGGCACGGACGUUCUGGAGGGAUGGUGUGUGUUUACGAUGGUGGAAACAAAAAAGCAUGGGUCUGUGGUAUUGUCAUUGGAGGGUUCCGUGUUCACGACUUCAAUCACAUGAAUGUCUUCACCAGCGAUGUUGAAGAGUGGAUGGCUCGCGCAAUUUCCUUCCAGGAUGUUAUAAGCACUCCGGCAGAAUUCGGCAGACGCUUUAUCAGAUCCUUGUGAGAUGCAUCACACUCAAAUCGACAGAACGAGAGUGCAAGCUGGAGAGAGACCCUAGGCUCAAGAUAGUCGGCCGUGAGCUUUGCAAAAGUCCCCUAAAUCGGUUUUGCGGAGCCAACAGUGCAACGGCUAAAGUCGCCAGAACGAUCAACUCGAUAUCCUGCAACUACAACAACAACAACAACAAUCCUUUCAUUCCUUGAGAUUAGAGAAUCGGAUUCUGAGUACGUCUGAACAGAGAAUCUUAUGGAAUGAAUGGUUCCAUUGCGGAUUGUUAAAGUGGUCACCACACAUGACGAGGGUUUUCGAUGAUGUGAUGGAGUAUGAUGGUUUUUUAAUUGUUGCACACUGCAGUGCAUCUCCAUAUCUAGUAAUACUAGCCAUAGAGGGAAUAGAAAAUCAAAGUCUGGAUAAGUCUCCAUGUUGAUAUAGUAACAUGAGAGUAUGAAAU